GAGGAUUUCAUUUGUGUUUCUUCCAAAGAAAAGUUUUCCGAAAGCUCCGCCCAGACAAUGUCAGGCAUGGAGAGACUGCAAAGGAUGUUUGCCGGUGCUGGAGGCGCUUUGGGUCAUCCGCCACCUGAUUCGCCGAUUCUCGAUUCGUCGGAGCGAGUCUAUAUCUCCUCUCUCGCCCUUCUCAAAAUUCUCAAGCAUGGGAGAGCUGGAGUUCCCAUGGAAGAUAUGUGUUUGAUGUUGGCAGAGUUUAUUGAUGAGUACACUGUGCGUUUCGUGGAUGUCUUUGCAAUGCCACAGAGAGGUACUGGUGUUAGUGUUGAAGCCGUGGAUCAUGUUUUCCAAACAAAUAUGCUCGACAUGCUCAAACAAACAGGAAGGCCAGAGAUGGUGGUGGGUUGGUACCAUUCACAUCCGGGAUUUGGCUGUUGGCUUUCUGGUGUGGACAUAAACACGCAGCUGAGUUUUGAAGCAUUGAAUCAAAGGGCUGUUAAAGGGAAGGUGGUGAUUGAUGCAUUCCGUUUGAUCAACCCACAAACCAUGAUGCUUGGCUAAGAGCCACGUCAGACAACAUCCAAUUUGGGGCAUCUUAAUAAGCCGUCUAUCCAAGUGAGUGCCAAAGGAACAUUGUAUGUGUUUUUCGUAAUAGAUUCAUUGCCAUGGGGACUGAUCUCAAUAUUUUUCAUUGCCAAGCAUUGAUCCAUGGACUAAAUAGGCACUAUUAUUCUAUAGCCAUUAACUACAGAAAGAAUGAACUUGAAGAAAAGAUGCUGUUGAAUCUUCAUAAGAAGAAGUGGACAGAUGGACUGACACUUCGGCAUUUUGAUACCCAUUC